CCUGUCUGUAGGGGAGGGGCAGUUUCGGCUGGAGUAUGCAAAGCGAGCAGCGUUCCGUGCUGCUGUUUGUGUGUGUGUGUGUUUGUGGAGGUGUUUCAGGACAUUUCCACGGCUUUCAAUAGUUUACAGUGUUCGCCAUGUGUACAGGUAAACUCGGUUCAGUUUUAAGGAAGUGUCUGCCUUUUGGUGUUGCUGUCGAGUGCGUGCGCGUGAGUGUGUGACGCUCAGAGCUGUUGCACCGAAGACGCGGUUUAUUAUCAUACCCCAGAGAAACGUCGACCAGGAGCUGAGGAAUAACGCGUACUGACGGUGCGCCUAGAGGUCGUGAAUACAACAUGCAUGCUGUUUAUUGAUGGCUAUAUUGACCAACAUGUUAAAGGACAUCUUAUAAGCUCUGGACUUAUAUGAAUAGGUUGUCUUUGAGGUGGCUGAUCAAAGAGUGCACUGAGGCAAGCAGCAUCAGCAUUGUGAGUGCUCGCACACAGGGGGAUGGAAGCAGUGGACCAGCCUAGUCUACCUCCCUGAUUCUCUGGGUGUGGUGGAUAUUGGUUUGAAGAUGAAUCGGCUCCCGUACUCGCCUUACACCUCGUGCCACGCUUCGUUUUGAGCCUCGAAGUGGAUUUAUUGGUACCUGUGCUCGGUUUCUCCUCCAGGAGGAUGGGGCUGCUGUGGACACUGCUGGCCUCCGCUCUGUUUGCCUGCAGCUCUGCUAUUCUAAUGGACUCCGUGGGAAGCCACAGCACGUUUACCUGUGAGCCCAUAGGGCUCCGUAUGUGUCAGGAUCUUCCCUAUAACACCACCUUCAUGCCCAACCUGCUCAACCACUAUGACCAACAGACUGCUGCUCUCGCCAUGGAGCUCUUUCACCCCAUGGUGAACCUGCAGUGUUCUCCAGACCUGAGGCCUUUCCUUUGUGCACUCUACGCCCCUGUGUGUACAGAGUAUGGUCGCAUGUCGAUGCCCUGUCGCAGCCUGUGUAUCCACUCAAAGAGAGACUGUCACAAGCUAAUGGAUAUGUUUGGCGUGUCAUGGCCUGAGGAGAUGGAGUGCAGCAGGUUCCCGGACUGUAGUGAGCCGUAUCCUCGUGCUGUAGACACGUUCACUACUCCGAAUGCCUCGGACGAGUUGCCUAUGACAGUACAGCGAGAUUAUGGUUUCUGGUGUCCUCGUGAGCUGAAGAUCGAUCCUGAGCUGGGUUACACGUUCCUGGGUGUGCGUGACUGCUCCCCUCCCUGCCCCAACAUGUACUUUGGCCAAAAAGAGCUCUCCUUUAUCCGCUACUUCAUCGGCAUCAUCUCCAUCGUCUGCUUGUCUGCCACACUCUUCACGUUCCUUACGUUCCUCAUCGACGUCACACGUUUCCGCUACCCCGAGCGGCCCAUCAUCUUCUACGCUGUGUGCUACAUGAUGGUGUCCCUCGUCUUUUUCCUGGGCUUUCUGCUGGAGGAGCGUGUAGCAUGUAAUGCAGCUAGUCCAGGCCAGUUCAGAGCCUCGACAGUGACUCAGGGCUCCCAUAACAAAGCUUGCACUCUGCUCUUUAUGGUGCUUUAUUUCUUUACCAUGGCUGGAAGCGUGUGGUGGGUAAUCCUCACGAUCACCUGGUUCCUGGCUGCUGUGCCAAAGUGGGGCAGUGAGGCCAUUGAAAAGAAAGCCCUGCUGUUUCAUGCCAGUGCCUGGGGCGUACCUGGUGUGCUGACUGUAGCGCUGCUGGCCAUGAAUAAGAUCGAGGGGGAUAACAUAAGCGGCGUAUGCUUUGUGGGUUUGUACGAUGUGCACACUCUGCGCUGGUUCGUGCUGGCUCCAUUGUGCCUGGACGUGCUGGUCGGCGUGUCUCUGCUCCUUGCUGGAAUUGUGGCUUUAAACCGGAUCCGCAUGGAGAUCCCUUUAGAGAAGGAGAACCAGGACAAGCUGGUGAAGUUCAUGAUCCGUAUUGGCAUAUUCUCCGUUCUAUACCUGGUGCCACUCCUGACUGUGUUGGGCUGUUACCUAUAUGAACAGGCAUACCGUCCAGUGUGGGAGACCACCUGGGUACAGGAUCGCUGCAGAGAGUAUCACAUCCCCUGCCCUUUUCAGGUGGAGCAGACGAGCAGACCUGACUUGGUUCUGUUUGUAAUGAAGUACCUGAUGGUGCUGGUUGUUGGCAUCCCGUCUGUGUUCUGGGUGGGCAGUAAGAAGACCUGCUUCGAGUGGGCCAGCUUUCUUCACGGUCGCAGACGCAAAGACAGUGCAGUGAAUGAUAGCCGUCAGGUUCUGCAGGAGCCCGACUUUGCUCAGGCUCUGUUGCGUGACCCCAAUACCCCCAUCAUCCGCAAGUCCCGUGGCACAUCCACACAGGGAACGUCCACCCACGCCUCAUCCACUCAUCUGGCCAUGUUAGAUGAUGUGCGCAGUAAAGCAAGCAGUGUCCACAGCAAGAUGAGCAGCUACCACGGCAGCCUGCACCGCACACGUGAUGGCAGGUACACUCCUACCAGCCACAGAGACAUGGAGGAGCAGCCGGCUUACGGGAGCAUGCCCCGCCUUAACGAGCAGCUCUCUCAUCACAGCAGCCUCCACUGCCUCGACAGCCAAUCACGCCACAGCAGUGUGCGGGACUUAAGCCAUCCUCCACCUACCAACUUAACCCACGGCUCCAGUAUGAACCGAGUGGUGGAGGAAGACGGAGCGAGCGCGUAAUCACUAGAGUUCAGUGUGCACACGACUCGACUCGCACCUGAACUCUGCGGAUGGAUACGGUGCGAGCAUGAAGCUGGUACGGUCUGUGUAUUUAACAUGUAGAGAAGAGCCUCUGGGAAAAUGUGCAUCAGUCCACACUGCCUGCGCUACACAAUACACCUUUGUACGCCCCGGUUCUUUGAUACUGUGAAAAUCCGAGCGAGUGACGGGGCAAGGUCACUCCAAAGGUAAAUCAGCGUUACUCUGCCCCCUGCUGAGGGACUGUAGACGCAUGUCUCAGUUAACCGAGUCACCUGCAGCUGUGCGGUGUCUUAGUGUCUUUCUCAUACGAUCAUCUCCAUGUGCCAGAUUCCACCGAGGAUCUUUUUCAGCACUCGAAGCAACAGAUAAAGCUGAAGCAGGAAGUAAAUCUCGGAAUUACAGGUACAAGAUGGAGCGAGUAAAGGAUUUACUCACGUUAGCGCUUGUGAUGUGUAUGUUUCUGUAUAGUGAUGAGCGUGUGUACUCCUCAGAAACCACAUACCGGAAAACCUCACUUCCACCAGACCUUCCAUUCCAUGCUGCGUCCGUCUACCUCAUCAGCACAGAGAUCCCAUGAAACAGUUAACUUCUGAUCACUGUCCUGUUCAUUAUUCUAUAGUGAGCCAUGACUGGCAAAGUGCAGCAUUCCCACUGUGCAUGUGUCUUAUCUAAAAUGUCCCAAGGGAAAGAAAAACAUUUUCUAUCUUUUCUUAAACUACUGAUGGUAUACUGAAACCUCUGUGGAUGCAACUAGUGUGAAUGAUUCCACAACACUGCAGCAGGUUACUGCUUCUAGUAGAGAAACGAGUUCCAGUCUGCAUGCUUUAUGCAAAAAGCUGGGAAAAGCCCUGAUCCUGUCUGACAUUCCUGUUGGUCACUUCAUUAUGCAAUGUGUGCUUCUACUGUAAGCAUGUAAAUGUGCAACACUAUAAUUAUUUUCUGCCUCCAGAUCCUUCUCUGGUACAGAAUUCAGAAUUUAAUACAUAUUUAUAUCAAUUUAUGAAUAUUUUGUAUUAUUUGAAGUGGUUUUUUUUUUUUUAUAUCGCUCAGUUCUGAGUCCUACUUUAGUUCAAUUGCAGUUAAAUCCAGACGUCUGGAUGAUUAUCCCCGAGUGCUUGUUUACCCGUCAGAAAAAAAUGAAUUCUCUUUGUGGUAUUUAGUGCCUGAAAAUGUGAAUGCGGACCUGAGAUUUGUGAAAUGACCGUGCUUUAACAGCUUCUCCAGUUUCUUUGCCUUCAGUCUCUAAAGUGUGCUCAAUGCUCCGAGACGCUCAACCGUCGUCUACACUGUAGAAGCCACCGAUUUUGUUUUGUAAAUGGAGGAAAUUUAGCACUUUAACUACGGCUAGCUGUUGACUGUAUAGAUAUUUCCUUUCUGUCGUAGGGUUGUGCAAAAUGUCGGAUUGUUUUUUUAAUAAAGAAAAAACUGCUCAUUAA